GUAGGAAGGAAAGUGUGGUAGACAACAGCAAAGCUAUCUGACAAUCUGCCAGAACAAAGCGCGCUUUGUCCAUUCGGACCAACUGGAAACUGGUUGAGCCUGUUUUAGUCAGUUGACCACAAUUGUUUCCGAAGCUUUGGUCUGCCCAAGACUCGAAUGGCGCAAGCAAAGUGACAUCAGAGUUGUCUGGCUGCAGUUAGACCUGGCAUAAGCAGCUGCCAUCACCAGCAUUAGUGGGCAGUGACAGCUAGCUGUAAUGGUCAUCAGUAGUUGUCUUACUAAUACUAUAACUGUAUAAAUUGGGGUGGGUGUCAUUCCUUGAAGUCCUGUAUAUUUGGCAGUAUAUACUUGGGAGGAACCUUUGACAAAAAGCAGAGAAUGGUAUCUCUGGUGUGCCACUUUCAAAAGGCUCUACCAACAAGAUGUGCCUGCCUGUGUGCGGUGGUCCUGGCAUCUUUGAUCACAACAACAGUGGCUGACAUUUACUUCCACAAUCCAAGGGGGUCAAAUAACAGACUAAACGAACAAGGCAGAAAGAGGAAUAAUGCUAACAGAUUGUUUGAUUCUCAAAACAAUGACAGAGGCGGUUAUAAUGUGGGAAACCUUUACUAUUACGCUGGUUCAAAGCUGUCAAUAGAAUGGACCAACCAACAUUCCUGUAAUGCCCCAAAUUCUCAUUGUGAACUUAUCAUCCAGUACAUGUGUGAUGAUCUGCUCAGGGAUGGGUUGACCACUAAAACAAUUCCUAUCAAUCAAGAGCAGUGUGCCAACAAUGAUUGUAACACAGACAGAAGUUAUGGGAUGCAUGAAGACUAUGACAACUACCUCAAAUGUCAGACUACUCAGAGGAAUCUGGGAUUAUUUGUGGCUGACCAGAAAUUAAACUCCCAGAAGGCUACAAGUACGCGUCAGAACCCUGGUGGGACGAGGCGUGGAUAUGAGUGCCCAGAGGAGCGGGACUACUACCCAUACUGGAGGUCAUCCCCGUGGAAGGAUAUUGUGGUGAUGACAAAUGACCCAAGACGGUGUGACUUCUACAAGUCUGAGAGCCAGAAUGUCAAGUCCAAAUGGGAGUGCGUACUUCCUGAACUGGUCAUGGCAGUCAACAAGAGGCAGUUGUUACUCCCAACCACAAAAUCAGAAUGUGAGGCCUUUUGCUACCCAUCUGGCCACAGGGACUGUGUGAAUGGAGAGUGGAGAGAGAUGCCUUCACAUGGGUUGCCUCCCCCUGACUGCAGAGAGACGGAACUCUCCAGAGACAACCAUCUGGGCAAUGGAGUUGAUGGACAUCCAAACCUGUACAACUGGACUGUGCCAGAUAUUGAAGGGAAAAGCUGUGUCAUGAGAAUAAGGUACAACAUCUCAACAGAUGAUUACAACCCAUGGAACACAGACUCCAGUCUGAAUGCUGAGAGAAACCAACCAUCAAAAGUGGACUUUUCUGGAAGAUAUGAAUUUAGUACACAGACUGAAGCUGAAGAACGAGGAUAUGUGUUUGAAAAUAACCCCUUAGUGAAGCUGUUUUCUGAUCCAGAGCUGGACUUUGACCUCCAACUGGCAAUAAAUACGGCUCAGUUUGGCCGUGUGUUUCAGGACAGGUCCCAUGCAUUCCAGAUCCGACGCAGGCCAGAAGAGCUUCAGGGUUCUGUGAUCCAUAACCUGAAUGUGCGUGGUAAACGAGGAAAUAUUGUGCAGGUGUACCCAGCUGUGGAGUAUGACUUUGUCCCAAAUGACCUUGAGGUGGCAGAAGGAGAUUAUAUUCACUUCCAGUGGACAGGUUCGAAUACAAAUCCUCCUAACAAUGAAGGGCAAGGUAGAGCAGGUACAGACAGAAGUAAUGUGGUUCUGCUGAAUGCCCAGGUGUACCCAGAAGGAUCUGGGUCACAGUAUGGUCCUGGUCAAAUGCACGGUCAUUAUGGGACAAAUUAUCCCAGCCACAUUGACAAUACGACGUUGUUAGGGCUUGGGCCAGAAGAUCUGGAAAAUCUGGCCUUCUUGUACUCCAAUCAGUUUGGAGGGGAUAUGUCAGAGCUGGAUGAUGCAGGAACUUACUUUGACUUGACCCCUAAGAAGGUCACCAUAGCAGGAACAUACAACUAUAUGUCGACUAGAAACAACAACUUUUCUAACCGAGACCACAAAGGCAGAAUUUUGGCGUACGAUUAUCUCGUUACAUUGGCAGCCAUUGGCUGGAGUGGAGGAAAUGUUAGCCUCUCUGAUGGGAGUGCUACAGCAGUUGUCCCCCAGGGAGUGUUUGACAGACUUCAGAAAAUCAGGCUAGAAAGCUGGUCUCCAUUGAAAGGUGAUAAGGAAAUAAGAAGCCGAGGUCGAGAAAUUUCUGUGGGUGAUUCCUACGUUAGCAAUUUUCUGGUGGUACAUCCUGUUGAACGGCUCGCUGUGAAUGGAAGGACAUUUUCUGUGCAAAUGGCUGUGGACUGUUCUGUUUGUACAGUUGCAAUGUAUCGCAGUGACCCAAGUACAUUUUCUUUUUGGACGAGGGUAAAUGCUGAUGUUGCCAAUGGUAAAGCCCACUUUGAAGCUGUUGAAGGUGGUGUCUAUGUUGCGCGCUCAGAGAGCAAAAUAGGGGUGUAUGUUGGAGCUGCAGUGGUUUGUGUAGCUAUCCUUCUUGUCCUUGUUGGAACUAUCAUUUACUUCAAAAAGCACCCAGAAAAAUUCCGACAGAUUCAAAAGGCUGCAAAAUAUGCAGAACGGUCCACUAAAGACAAGGUUUAAUACAGUUCCCAUCAUAACAUUUUGCUCACCACAAAAUUGAUAUUCAGGUUAAAAUGUAUGAAUAUUAAUUAAAUGCAGCUAGGCUGUCUGUGAUGAUAUUAGGGACGUAAUUCUU